UUUUUUUUCCAGGUGCGGGUUGUUCUCAAGUAUCGCCACUGUGAUGGGAACCUCUGCAUCAAAGUAACAGAUGAUGUAGCUUGUUUGCUGUAUAGAACAGACCAGGCUCAAGAUGUAAAGAAGAUCGAGAAAUUCCACAGUCAGCUAAUGCGACUCAUGGUGGCUAAGGAAUCCCGCAGUGCUGCCAUGGAAACAGACUGAAUUGCUGAAAAUAAAAUGAGUGCUCCGGUCAUAUUUCACUGGAAGAAAAUAUCACUUGGAUUUGAGCAAAUACUGGUUCAAGACAUGCUUUUACAUACCCAAGUGGACUGAUGAAAAGCCCGAAGCUUUUUUCCCCCAGACUCCACUUUUGAAAACUAGGAAAAUAAAUGCUUUCAAUUGAAAGCUUAUAUUUAUUUUUGGAAAUUGAACGAGAAACUAUUCUUACACAUUAAAUAUGCUAAGAAGACAUGUAAAUCUUUCCUAGUCUACAGUGC